CUAAUAUUGAUAUCAGAAAAGGACUCAUGACUUUUGAAUACAAUGAUCAGAAAGGAAAAGUGCCUAUUAAAUUUAUCCAUGGUGAUAGAGGAGAACCGAUAUUUGAUGAAACUACCUCUGAAGAAGAUGAAUCAGAAGAAGAUUCAGAAAGUGAAUUUGAAAAACAGUAUUUGGAGAAGAAGACUUUUCUCAUGUGGCAACAUGACGAUUGGGAUACUGUAACUCCCAGACAACAAGAAUUCCAAGAUGAUGAUAGUGUUGAAAUCAUUACAAAAGAAGCCUGGACUCCUAUUGCAACUCCAAAACGAAAUUUAAGAGAUGUUGACUUUGGAGAUAUACCUUCACAAAUUAUCCGAAGUGUUAAAUGGACUUAUGAAGUACAAGCCUAUCAGGAAGGAAUCAAGAUCAAAUGGAAGAAAUAUACUUGGAAAGAUUUCAAACGACUUGACAAGAAAUUUACUCAAUCUUGUAAUUGGAAUAACUGA